AUGAAAGAUCAGGGAUACAUCUUCUGCGACUGCAACAUGAAAACUCCAUCUCCUUCAUCUUCCCAUAUCUGCAAGUUGAUGUUCAUUCUCAUCCUCUUUCUCUCUCUUCCUUACAUAUUUUACUCACUAAGCUUCUUGUCUUCUUCUCUCAAUUUACCAACCCAGAAUAACAAUCCCUUCCGUGUCGUCAGCCACCACUCCGCUUCCGGGAACUCACCGUCAGUUGCUCAAAACCUAGAAAAAACAACCCUCAAGCACGUCGUGUUCGGCAUUGGCGCCUCUGCUAAGUUAUGGGACCGGAGAAAAAACUACAUCAAACUCUGGUGGAGACCCCACGAGAUGCGGGGCUUCGUUUGGCUUGACAAGCCAGUUGAAACUGACGCCAGCGAUGAUUGUCUUCUGCCGCCGAGAAAGAUCUCCGGCGACACGUCGAGGUUCGAAUACAGGAACAGCGACGGCCAUCGGUCGGCGUUAAGGAUAUCUCGGAUUGUGUCGGAGACAUUAAGAUUGGGGAACAUGGAGGGUGUUAGAUGGUUUGUGAUGGGUGAUGAUGAUACAGUUUUUGUCCCCGAUAAUCUUAUCAGUGUUUUGUCGAAGUACGAUCAUAACCAGUUUUAUUACAUCGGAAGCUCGUCGGAAAGUCACUUACAGAAUAUAAAUUUCUCGUAUGGAAUGGCUUAUGGCGGCGGCGGUUUUGCUAUAAGUUAUCCUUUAGCGAAAGCUCUGGAGAAGAUGCAGGACAGGUGCAUGCAGAGGUACCCGAAGUUGUAUGGGUCGGAUGAUCGGAUUCAUGCAUGCAUGACGGAGCUCGGUGUUCCUCUGACCAAGCAGCCGGGAUUUCACCAGUUUGAUGUGUAUGGAAAUGUGUACGGACUACUAGCGGCACACCCGAUCGCACCUCUGAUAUCUCUGCACCACUUAGACUUAGUGGAUCCCAUAUUUCCCGAUGUGGGUCGAGUCGACGGAUUAAUGAGACUGAAACUUCCAACUCAGCUAGACUCGGCUGCGCUAAUGCAACAAUCAAUAUGCUACGAUAAAUCUCGAAACUGGACUGUCUCUCUAUCUUGGGGCUACACUGUUCAAAUCUUUCGGGGCUUAAUACCCGCCCGAGAAAUUGAAAUGCCCGCCCGAACUUUUCUCGACUGGUACAUGAGGUCCGACGGCUCCGGUUCCACUUUCAAUUCGCGCCCUUUCUCCAAAAAUCGCUGCCAAACACCCUCUGUGUAUUUUUUGUCCAAUGCUUUUUUCAGUUCCGAGAUCAAUAAAACAGGUACCGAGUAUGUUAGGUUUCAAAGAUCGAGUCCAAGUUGCAGCUGGGAAAUGGAAAAUCCCUAUUUGAUUCAUCGGGUUGAGGUUUCUAAGAAACCCGAUCCAUUUUUGUGGGACAAGCCUCCGAGAAGAAACUGUUGCAGAGUGUUGCCUGCGACGAAGAAAGGGACAAUGGUGGUUGAUGUUGGCACGUGCCAAGAAGAUGAAACCAUUGAAUUGUAAUGACGAGAAACUAGCUUUAAAAUUAAUUUGGUCUGUUCAUUUUUUUAAUUUUAAAUUUUCUUUAUUUUUUUAUUGUAGUAAUAAAAAUAUUCUGAAAAUUAAUAGUAAAU